AUGGCACCCAAGAUCGAGCCCCAGGAGAUCGAGACGUAUUGGAACAUCUUCUCUGCGCGGACCGGCGGGGGGAAAUACCUGACGGGCGAACAAGCUGCGCCAGUUCUCAAAAACAGCAGCCUGCGCGAUGAUCAACUUGAAAGAGUGUGGGACCUCGCAGACGUCGACAAUGACGGCAAUCUCGACUUCGAGGAGUUCUGCGUGGCUAUGCGAAUCAUCUUUGACAUCCUCAACGGCGAAUAUUCGGACGUCCCGACAUCGAUCCCCGACUGGCUAGUCCCAGAGUCCAAAGCGCAUCUCGUGCAGGCGUCGCACGCGCUCACCGGCAAACAAUCACAGUUCGAGCAAGUCGAGGACGACUCAGAUGACCAAGGCCUCAAGGACGGCUUCGAUUGGUAUAUGAAGCCCGAGGACAAGGCCAAGUACGAGUCCAUCUACCAGGAGAACCGCGACAUGCGCGGCGAGAUCUCAUUCGGCGCGUUGGAAGACCUGUACGAAUCGCUCGAUGUACCCGACACAGAUAUCCGAUCCGCGUGGAACCUGGUCAACCCUUCCGCGCACUCGACCAUCAGUAAAGACGCGGCCCUUGCCUUCCUCCACAUACUCAACAAUCGCCACGACGGGUUCCGCAUCCCGCGCACAGUGCCUGCGUCUCUCCGAUCCAGCUUCGAGCGCAAUCAGAUCGACUACCAAGUCGCCAACCAGAAGAGCUCGCGAUGGGCGACGAAAUCUGACGACUCGACCAGCACGGGUCGCAAGACAAAGUUUGGAGAGCAGUAUUUAUCCAGACUGGGACGGAGCGGGUUCAAGACGCAGGGAACAGAUUUCUCAACGGAGAAGACAGAAGACUGGGAAGAGGUGCGCCUGAAGCGCCAGCUCCAAGAUCUGGAGGAGAAGAUUCGCAAAGUCGAGGAGAUUGCCGAGCGCAAAUCGGGCGGCAAGCGGGACUCGAAGCCGGCUCUCGUCAAGAAAGAACUGGACCAGCUCUUGGACUACAAGAGGCGGCAGCUCCGCGAGUUGGAGGAGGGUUCGUCAAAGAGCACGGGCGGCAACCUGAAGAGCAUUGGCGAGGAUCUGCAGACAGUGCGCGAGCAAGUGGAGGGCUUGGAGUCACAUCUCGCGUCCAGGAACCAGGUGCUGGAGCAGCUGCGGCAGGAGAUUGAGAAUGAGAAGGCCGGGAGGUGA